AUGGGAAAAGAAGUGAAUGGGGAAGAAAAGAGCUGCUUCGGCAGCUGGGGCAAAGCGUCUGGCAAUGUCCGAGAUGCGCAACCGUGGGUGGCUCAGCGUCUGCAAAUGCUGAGCGCUUUCAUUGUUCGAGCACGUGAUUUUCAGCUUCAGCUGUUCCAGAAGGAUUUGGAUUUCUUGGCCCAACGCGGUGUGCCAAUUUCCAUGAUGUGGUGCGCUGUUGGGACCUGGGGGCUCCGACCAGGGGCUUCGGAGAUUGGGAGCUCCGAUGGCACGUGUGUGGGCGGCAACCUGCUUGCUGCUGCAACCUCUUGGUCCUCGGGGAUGGAUCACGGGAUUGCUGGGGAUGAAUGCCCUGCUCAGGGGCCACCUUUGGCGAAUGAGCCUUGUGCGCAUGCUCCUGACAUGCAGGCAGGUGCAACAUUUGGGCACCACAUGAUUGAGGACAGUUUCUCUGAGGAGUUUCUUUACUACGCGCCGCAGGCAAGUGCAGCAUUUGGGCUCCACUUGAUUGAGGACACUUUCUCUGAGGAGUUUCUUUACUACGCGCCGCAGCAGCAGCUUCUGUCCUCAGCGCCUGGUCUGGACCUUGGUGCUGGGCCAUGUGGGACGUCGACUUGCGCUGCUGAGAACCCUGUGUGUGACAACCAAGAAAUCAAUAAGACCCGUGAAAGGGCAAAGAGCCUUAGAGGCCUAGCUAGGACCGAUUGUGAGUGUCAAGAAAUCAACAAGACCCGCGAAAGGGCAAAGAGCCUGAGUGGCCUAACUAGUGUUUCUUGUGAUGGUGAGUGCGAGCUUGACUGUAGCAAGAAGAGACUUUACGGCCGUGUUCUUAAAGUCUUGUGGGGGCUCUGCACUACCAAGACCCGCGAAAGGGCAAAGAUCGAGACUGAAGCUGGGCUACUGGCGCCAGCUACUUGUGCUAGAGGUAGACCUGGCUCCUCGGAGCCCCCCGGUUCUUCCUCCUCGCAGUGCUGCUGCCAUGGCCUGGGCUCGCUGGCGGACGGCGACGGUGGCGGCCAGUUCUACAUCGCGCAGGGCAAGGACGAUGGUGCGGCGGUGGGUGCAAUCCGGGUGUUGAGUUUUUGGCAGGAGGAGGUUUGCUCCGAUGGCUUGAUGCACAACUGCGUUUGUGGACUGCGGCACAAUCUGCGAGUGCACCUUUUCCUCCGAGGCUGGGUGGUGACGUGCAAGUGCAAGGGAUCUUGGGAUGCCAGUGAAGUGAUUGCCUCUGCCUGUGCAAGCACUCUAAUGACUCAGGUGUGUCUUGAUGGUGUUUUCUCUGAAGCUACAAGUGCCCAGGACCAGGACUCUGCUGCUGCCUCGCGCUCCUGCCUGCCUGAGGGCUGUUCGGGUCCCACCGGCCUGCGGUUUGGAGGCGGCAACCCGUUUGAGGGCAUGAUGGCCAGCAUCACUGAACAGCUUAUGCCCAUGAUCACUGCGCUCAUUCAGAAAGCUGUGCAGGAAGCCAUUGCAAAUGCAAUGGGAGGUGCCCCGGCAACCCCUCCCCGUGUUGUGCUGCAGGAGCCGGACCUGGAGCGGGGGCCCAAACGCCACAAGCCUGACCCUACCCGAAAAAACCACGAUUCGAGCCGCCAUCCCACUUCUCGUGAGCCGGGCGAGGGCAAAGCAUCUGGUGGCAGAGGUGGUCAGCCUGUUGCUGCAAAGGGAUCGGCCAAGGGUGCUGCUAAAGGUAGUGCAGAGGUGUCCCCACCCAAGUCUGGAUCAAAGGGUAAAGGGCAGGGAGACCGGCCUCCUCGUGAUGCUGAGGGCUGGACCAAGGUUCAGCGUGCUCCCCCGCAGGGCCCCUUCCAGCUCCGAUCGCAGGAUUGGAGCGCGCAGCUUUUGUCGCAGGAUGGAAUUGCCAAAGCAUUGGACGACCUUAAACCGGGUUCUGCUCUGGAAGCUGUCAUUCUUGUCGAGCCCUCGGCGCUGCCGAGAAUUCGGUCCCGGGAAGUGUGGGUGAUCUUCUGCGUUUCCGACGACUCUCGAGAGUACCCCGAGGAGAUCUUCUCUGUUACGAGCGGUGCUGUUGUGGACUUGCGUGCCGGAGGUGACGAUGCCUCCCAGUGCUCGGGUACGGUUUGGACAGGCAGCGCCCGAUCCAACCGGUCCAAGGCCAGUCGAACCUCCUCUGUGAAGGCGGGUACUGUGUGGACUGCUGUCAAAACAUCGAGCAAAAAGGCCGUUUCACAAUCCAGGCGUGAUGCUUCAGUUCCGAGUUCGCAAAGGGAUGAUUGCAUUGCUGGCCAUCGGUCUGGCCCAAGUUGUCUCAAGCGCGCUCGCGGUGCCGCCGUGACGGUAUGGUCCCGAGCCGUCUCUUCAGACGCUUCCGUGCAUUCUCAAAUGCCUGCCUUGCUGGAGUGGGACGAUGAUGAUGCCCCGCGCCCUGAGCGUUUGCAUCAUGCCAACCGGGCCCUGCCUCAGUCUGCCCUCGUUAUGGCCCGUCGUAACCGCGGCCGAGCUUUCCCUGAUGGAGUUGCUAAAUGCAGGCUUUGUCCCUUCCGCCGCAAGUGUGCUGAUCCUGUGAAGGCUUAUGCGGCCUAUCAGCGGCAUUUUUUGGAUUCGCAUCCGGGGGAGAAGCUUGGACUCGCUCCUGCAUGCAAGGCCUCCUGUGUUCGUAACCUCGCUGAUGGCGAGGAGGCGCACUGGAGAUGCAAACGGUGCCAGGCAGCCAUCUCGACUGCUGAUGCGGCCCGCUUUGGCAAGGACUCCCUGUGGCGAUUUCGCCGGGAGCAUAAAACAAAGGCCCACCCGCGCGUCUCUUGGGCUGUGUGGAACAAGGAAGCGAAAUCACAUUCGGCUACCAAAUGGGCCUCAAAGAUUAGUGUCACUCGUAACAAUGCCCAGAAGGCUAAGCUCCUGCCGGUGCUGCGCGAGCUUGAGGCUCAGGACUUUGAUGCCUUCGGGUGGCCGCGCCAGGCCGGGAAGGACACCAAUACUGUUGAUAAGUAUCCCUUGCGCAUAUGCCCGGCUUGGGUGUGCCGCAAAUGCCGAGCGCCGUGCCCCUCUGCAGAGAUUGCUCGGAAGCAUCGUUCGGUCAAGGGACAGUGCCCUUCUCGCACUGCUAAGGCGAGGGCGUGGAUUCGGUUGCGCUCCCUUGCUGCCAAUAAAAAGCUUCAUGAUGCCGCUCCUGCCUCUGUUCGCAAAGAGCAAGGCGAGCUCGCUUUCGCUGCUGCUGAAAAGGCCUUGCGAGCCCCCAUGUUGUCGGUGUGA